AUGAGCACUACGAAACCACCCAACAUCUACCCUGACGCUGACCAUGCUCCCGUCACCUCCGUUUUGCUGGAUGGCGACAUCCCUUACACAGAUCAUGAGAUGGAUGCCGAUGAGCGGGUGAUUAUGGCUUUGGGUUAUAAACAGGAAUUCAAGCGCGAGUUUUCGCUAUGGACUACGUUCUGUGUCAGUUUUGCGGUCCUUGGGCUGUUGCCCUCUUUUGCCAGUACCUUGUACUACGGAAUGGGCUAUGCCGGGACAGCUGGAAUGGUCUGGGGUUGGAUCAUUGCCAUGGUCUUUAUCCAAUGUGUAGCAAUGUCGAUGGCAGAGCUGUGCUCUGCGAUGCCCACUAGUGGCGGCCUGUACUACGCUGCAGCAGUUCUCGCCCCUCCCGGAUAUGGCCCCUUUGCAGCUUGGAUCACUGGUUGGUCCAACUGGAUCGGCCAGGUUACAGGAGCACCGUCUGUCGACUAUUCACUGUCUGCCAUGAUUUUGGCUGCGGGUUCGAUUGCGAACCCAGAGUAUGUCCCCACCAACUGGCAGGUAUUCCUCCUUACCACGUUGAUUAUGAUUAUCCACGCGGUCAUCAGCAGCAUGCCGACCAAGUGGAUCGCCACUUUCAACUCGUACGGAUCAACAUUCAACUUCAUUGCCCUCUUUGCGGUCAUCAUAGCGAUCCCUGCCGGGACGAAGAACAGCCCCAAGUUCUUGCCAUCCAAAGAAGUCUGGGGAAAUAUCACCAACCUGACCGAUUUCCCCGACGGGGUCGCCGUCCUGAUGACCUUUGUCGCCGUCAUCUGGACCAUGUCAGGCUACGACUCGCCGUUUCACCUGAGUGAAGAAUGCUCCAACGCCAACGUUGCGUCGCCCCGCGCCAUUGUCAUGACUUCGGGCGUUGGUGGCCUGACCGGCUGGUUCUUGCAACUCGUGGUCGCGUACACGGUGCUUGACAUUGACGAGGUCAUGGACUCGAGUCUAGGCCAGCCAUGGGCGUCGUACCUGCUUCAGGUGAUGCCGCAGAAGGCAGCCAUGGCGAUUCUAGCCCUCACCAUCAUUUGCGGGUUCUCCAUGGGCCAGGGCUGCAUGGUCGCUGCGUCGCGAGUGACCUACGCGUAUGCGCGCGACGACUGCUUCCCGCUGUCACGGAUCUGGAAGCAGGUGAACCCGCACACGCAGACGCCCGUCAACGCGGUCAUUCUCAACGCCGUCCUGGGCAUUCUGAUGUGCCUCUUGGUUCUGGCCGGGUCAACCGCGAUCGGGGCACUAUUCUCUAUCGGUGCGAUCGCGCAGUUCGUCGCCUUUGCGGUGCCCAUUGCAAUCCGCGUGUUCUUUGUGGGCAACCGGUUCCGUCGGGGCCCCUGGCACCUGGGUCGGUACGGCCCCGUCAUCGGCGGGAUCGGAGUAUCGUUUGUCCUGCUGAUGGUGCCCAUCUUGUGUCUUCCCAGCGUCAAAGGCAACGACCUGACGCCCGAUCUAAUGAAUUGGACCUGUCUCGUCUACGGGGGGCCGAUGCUGGCAGUCAUCAUCUGGUGGGUAGUAGAUGCGCGGAAAUGGUUCAAGGGCCCCAAGGUGAAUGUCGAGCAUGCCAUUCAUCCAGAGCAAAAGGAGGACAGCGUGGUAGAGGGGGUGGUGGUCGAUGGCGACAAUCAUGCGUCGGAGUCGGCAGGGAGCAAAUCUCUCAAGGAUUGA